ACAUCGAGUCGUCCCAGAUCUCCAUAUCCACGGUUGCGUAAAUCAGACCCCUCGUCCUCAUGCGGGGACACUUGGCGCGAGACGCUACCUCAAUAUCUCGAUGGGAUGAAAAAUUCCAAAAGCGGCCCCCCAGGUGUCAAAUAAAUGUUAUAAUAUUUCUGAGGAACCGGUCGCGCCGAAUUUUAUGACGUGGCUAAUCCGAGAAAGAUUGCACUUUUCCCCGGGGAAAAAAAAAAGAAAAAAAAUUCCUUCUCGACUGAAAUCUAUUAUUCGAUGUUUUACCCCGUUUCAAAGGUGUCGGCACCGGAAACGUCACUCGGGUGACGGUGAGAAUUUUUCUUUCCAUCAACCGGCGUCGAUCGAUUCCGCCUUUUGCGUCCCCUUAAGCCCGGAGUAGGCGCGAGUCCAGCCUAAAUUCCACGCCCGUGACGGGGACCUUUAAUUGUCUUUACCUCCGGCUCUUUUUCCCUCCAUUUCGUGAUCGAUAGGCAGUGACAGUGGGUGCGUCACGAGUUCACCGGCGAGCACAUGCGCGGCCACCCACACAGCCGAGACCUUAAAAAGCUGCUCAAACAGACCGACCGUCGACGGAACGUUCCUCGAUGUAGUCGUCUCGCACCUUCCACCUCGAGUAUCGUGGGACCUACAGUUGCCAGGAUUUUCGUUGCGUUACUUUGUGCCAUUUUGAGCCGUUUUGCGCCACUCUGUGCCAUUUUUCGCCAUUUUUCGCCACGUCGCAUCGCGUCCGGCGCUCCCGUUCGCACGCGCGCGAUAAUUGGCGAGCUCGGCAGAAACGAGCACUCGAUGGUCAGUAACCGAUGCGAAAGGAAAGUAAGCCUCGUUCUCAGCUGUCGGGGCAGCGUGCUAAAAGGUUUCUCUUUGAAGGAGGCGCCCGCCAUCGGGUGCCAGUUUCGCGUGCCCGGACGGCUCUAAUUACUCGGCUUGCAUUACCAGGCCGCGUAAUUGCACCCGCGAGGCGAUCAAGGUCUUAGAUGCAGACUCGAUGGCGAGGAGCUCGCGAUUUUCCGGGGAGGGAACGUUCGAGAACGCGAAUUACUCGACUCGCGAGUCGCCUUCCUCAAGUCGCCAAUAUCUGCGAUUUUAACUCCUUCCCAUUUUCUUGUUUUUUUUUUUCGCCGUUACGCGAGGCGACAACAUUACCUCGUCCUCGUGGAAUUACGGCGGUUCUCGUCGUAAACUCCCCCGGUAUGAAGCUGUUAGGGUAAUUAACUGGCGUCGGUAAAAAAAAAAAAGAAUAGGGAAAAAACAGAAAUAUCGGAAGUCGCGCCGAUUUCUCGUCGCCCUUGGCAACGGACGACGCGGAAUCAGCUGAUCUCUCGCGGCGCCUCCAGUGGGGGCGAUUGUUAAAUCACGGGGAUGAUUAUGGAUUCCCUGAGGGGGGAUAUUGUAAACGUUUGCCGGAGAAAAAAAUGCCAUUAUCGACGAUAUUCUCCCCGGGACUCGACUGGCUUGUUUGCGCGAGAUUAUCGGACUCGCUGCGAGGUUAAAAAAUUCAUACAGUCGCGAAAAACGCGCGGAUGCGCUCGCAAGGAUCUUCCGUAGCGAGGUUUCGCCUUUCCUCGGGGAUUUAUUUCCAUUGGGUGAUUCUCUGUGAAAUUUCGGGACUGUGAUUAAUAUUCGACCUCGGGCCAUCGGAGGGAGAGGAAAACAAUGAGGUAGACCGACCGGUCCGUAAUCGAAGGUUACUCGGCUAGGUACAAUUGUUCGACAUUCGGGCGAGAUGUCCGCCGAAUGCGGUGGGCUUAUAAUUCCGACUAUCUGCGAGGGCCUUUGACCAGAAAGAGAAUCAGGCCAAUGUUGUCCGACCUUGGAUGGUAUUGGACCCCAAGGCCACGAGUCUGCACAGCGAUUACGGCAGCUUCGAUCGACCACUGGCCGGGGCGGAGGGGCACGAGAGGGACGUCGAGGCGGCAGCGGUGGACGGGAGCAGCGCCGGGAUGGCACAGUCCAGCGACGUGUACCAACGCCAGCCACUGCUCCCAGGGGCGCCGGCCAAGGGAAAGGACAAGUGGACCGGGGUCGGCUCCGCGACGGACUACUUCGAGGACGACGUGGACGAGAAGAUCGACUCCCUCGGCCAUGCCAGGCAUCAGGGCAUGCCCAACGGGGUCGGCAGCGGCAUCAUCAAGCUCGAUAUCCCGGCACCUCUCAGGGAGGAGCCUCGGUUCCCUAAGGAGAAGUGGAAAACCUUCCUUGCGUUCCUGUUCAUGGUCGUCAACUUCAUACUCACGACCGCCUCCCUCGCCAUGGUGCACGAGCGUGUCCCGGAUCGCUCCACCUAUGGACCCAUUCCCGACAUCAUCCUCGACAACGUAGAGGCCCAGGACUGGGCUCUGAACGUGUCCGAGGUCCUCAUUAUGAUCGCCUCCAACUCGGCGACGCUCUUCAUCAUCUUCCACAAGCACAGGUUCAUCGUCGUUAGACGGGUGUUCCUGCUUAUGGGGCUGCUUUAUAUGAUGCGCAGCGUCACGAUGUAUGUCACGGUGCUGCCCAUUGCCAGCAAAUCCUACUUCUGCAGCCCCAAGGCCAACGCCACGACCCCUCUCAUCGUCACGAAGAGGGUACUGCAAUUAAUCUCCGGCUUCGGCUUGUCCAUUAACGGCAAGCACACUUACUGCGGGGAUUACAUCUACAGCGGUCACACGGUCGUUCUUGUACUUAGUUACCUGAUUGUCAAGGAAUACUCCCCGAGAAAGUUUCAACCUAUCCACUGGCUCCAUGGUCUCAUGGCUUUCACUGGCGUCGUCAUGGUCCUUCUAGCGCAUGGUCAUUACACCGUGGACGUCCUCAUAGCGUACUACGUUACCACGCGUCUAUGGUACAUCUAUCACACCCUAGCGAAUAAUUCUCAUCUAAAGCAAUACGGACCAAACAAUUUUUUGGCCCGGCUGUGGUGGUUCCCCUUAUUCCGGUACUUCGAGAAGAACGUCGGAGGUACCGUUCCACAACAUUACGACUGGCCCUUGCCGUGGCCGCGACGAUUUCUUGCCAAGCACCCCAACAGGGAUAGUUAAUAUCCGUCCAGGUCUCCCGUUGGAUCGUGGAUUUGCGGGGAUGCUGUUCGCUGUACAUACAUCUACGAUUAUCACAUAAAGUGUCCCUUUCUUGGUCGAGAGGCUAGCCCAAGAGGCGUGUGAAACUUGGCGCGGAGGCGUAUGACUCGAGUGUACCGAGUCUCGAGGAAAUGUACAGACCUUACUUUUCUCCAUCGCGCCUGAAGCACCGAUGACAAGAGGCUAACCUUCUCCCCGUUCAUGGGUUUGCUGUUAACUUUUUCCGCUGACUUCGGCACGCAAAUCUAGACGCCCUAACGGGUGUGGAACUAUUAGAACAACGAUGCAUAAUAGUUUUUUUUUUUUUUUUUUUCGUACGAUGAGCGAAGGAUGCACACUAGGUGAGGAGGAAUAAUCGUCACAGUCGUUACAUGGACAUUGGAUAAACGUUAGAACGGUAAUGCCAAGAUUCAGUGAUUGUACCGGUAACUGAUCUCCGAUCGGUCGAAACGCAUGAUCGGCGAACCGGAGCUAAUUACCGCUACGGCAAUUGCGAUCGCGUAAGAGGUGGAAACGCGGCGACUGUUGCGAUUAUCCUUUCUUCCUGUAUUCUCCCGUACGGAAGUCAUACGAGUAAGAUCGCGUAGAUCCGAGGCUACAAUGUAUCUCACUUUGUCAUAGCCUGGAGUUAGUUCUCCUGUUAGCUCCCGAUUUAAUGGUAACGUGAUCUUGUACUCGGUUGCUCCCAGGGUAUGUCGGGUUCAAUUAGAUCGAUUGGCCAAUCGAAGACAGUGAUUUUAUCCUGCCAGUCUUGGCACGAGUCGGCGGGGUAACUUCCUGCUUCCCUGAAAUUGUCAACGUCACGGGACGGGGAAAGUAACGCUACCUUCGUUUCCCUACUAUUUCUCUUCUUCUUCUUUUUUUUUUUUAGUGUUUACCUAAGAGUACAAAAAUUACUUAUAAGCGUUUGUGCACACAAUUCGUUUACGCAUUUGAAGCAUCGUACAUUGUUUUGAUAUCGGAAUCGGGCGUAGCGAUCGGAGAUUAACGUGUACACACAUUGAACGUUAAAUCGAAAACUGAUUUAUACCCACGUAGAGUGGAAUCGGAGGGUCGAGAGAUUUGACUUUUUUGAUCGAUUUUUUACGUACCCUGGUCGUUACUUCGUCCAGCACUUAGACACAUCCUGUGUUCUGGUGAAAGCGAGGCCGGCCGGCAUUUUGAACGCUGGUUGGCUCUCUCAAAUGAAUCUAGCCUUCUGCCUUGCGGACUAUGCGAGAGCCGACUUUUUCUGCAAGACUAUUGGAUUAACGCGGUCUGUCUACGGGAAAGCUUAAACAGCCAGUAGAGAGUUAGUUAAGCAGAAUAUAAGUGGGACCAAAUACGGUGGAAACAGAAAUGGCGCGACCUGGUGCGAUGCGAGCGGUUUAAAGACUCUAAUUAACGCGCUAUUUAAACCGUUCGGAUCUCUUUGCUCGAUGGACACGUUCGGUCCCGAACAAAAUCGACUCCGUUUGCGAAAGGAAGAGCUCGUAGGAACUCAGAAACGAGACUGAAGCGCCCCUCGAGAAAAGAGAUUCCUCGAUGGCUGAAGUCGCAGACAUUGUACUCGGAGACUUGAGAGAAAACUUCUAGCUGUCCUUGAAGCAGCUUAUGAGGAAGAGGAAAAAAUCUUCAGGAAGUCUAUGAGGGAUGCCGAAAAACUGCAUUAGCCCCUAGUUGCGAUUCUUGUCUUUGGUCAGACUCUAUAAUCGGUUUCUUCUUCAAUGUCUCGCCUUCCUGGGGGGGAAAAGAAAGACAAUAGAAAAUACGGUAACGAACGCGUUUAACGUCCACCCGACGAAUCCGACAUUCGGACGACUUCUUUGAGGAUUUAACCAUACGGUUUUACGGAUGAUCGGUGAAAAGUAGCUCGACUGACUCUUUCCGCUUCUCCGCGCGCCAUUUUCUUUCGCCUGGGUGGUUGACUUUGGAUGAGUUUCGCGACAGGCAGGGGAAACUGGGCCUCGAGGAAAUUAAUAUAAGUGCGUUCUCCGGGCAUCUUGAUAUUCCUUUAUCUUAAAUAUAUAUGCGUUUAGUAAGAAUUUCUGUCAAGGCGCGACAAAUAAUCAUGGUUUAUGUCGUCACCAUAGAGCGGCUCCCACGUCGCGAGGUAGCCCUAGUCGGAGGGGACGUCAAACUGUGUAGCCUUUUAGGCGAAAAAGUGCUUUUCCGUAUCAUGUAAGAGCACCGACAUUCCCGUUACAUAACGAUGAACACUUUUUCCAAUCUACUUCGCGCCUGGUGCAAACACGGGCUCUCUCGCGGGUUUGUACAUAUAUUUCGUUGCAAACGAUACCAGACGACCAUCUCGUGCGGUGCUCUCAGGCGACGAGCACACCACCCGAAGAAACGCCUGUUCCUCGAACAUUUUCACGCGUAUAGAUAUGAAAAUGUCGAUUAAAACGUUUCACCGCGACCGGCCGAUGCGAAUCAACAUUACAACCAGUCAAAUUAAUUCGGCCGACUCCGUUCUCCCAGCCCAGUACUCGCGUAAUGGCGCGGUGCAUUCUUUCCAAUGCUCAAAAUGGCGCAUCCCGAGCGCGCUUCGGGUUCCCCUCGAAAACCUCAAAUAGAACUGUGUUCUUAUUCGACGAAGUGCCCUCGACGCGCACAAUGCUAGACUGCUUGCGGGGCUGCUUCAAGUCGAAGUCGUCGAAUGCACCGGAUUAAUGUACACGAUGCAAUUAUGCGCGUAUUGGGACCGCAAACGGUCAUGAAGAAUCGAACGCGUGUAGGCGCGCCGCUAGGAAAUCGGAAUAUACGGGAUAACCACGGGCGAGAGUGCGAAUUGUACGUAAUCUCUAAGGGCUAGGAUAUUAUAUUACGGUUCCUUCCAUUUACGGAGGGGCUACUCGUUGAUGUUUAUAAGAGGAUUAUAAAGAUUUAUAAUACGCUUGAGUACGGAGCGCCGGAGGGCGCCCGGGCGCGGCCACCUCCGCGUACUCUCCUAUAUUUUUACGUGUAGAUAUUUUUUGGUAAAACGUUAAGGAAUCAUGAUCUGAUUAAGAUAGCGAGAAUAAGGGACUCGUUUGUACAUAUGAUACCGAUAGAUAUCUAGGUGGGCUUUUGAUGCGCGACGCGGAUCGUCCGCUGGCGUUGCCGAAUCUCGCAGCCUUAUCAUUGUCCUUUGUAUUUCCAACGUUUCUCGCUGAAACCGAUUUAUGCUGCUCCGUUGAUUAAUACUAUACAAUUUGGAAACGUACGUGCCGUUGCGCGGACAUAUACAUACAUACACACACGCGCGGAUGCAAGUUUAAUUCCCGUUCCCGUUACCGUAUCUGUAUAUAUAAUUUUAUAUAGUUAUUUAUAUAUAUAUACUCUAUGCCAUUAUUCUUAUGAUUACUAUUAUUAAUAUUAUCAUUACACCGUUACAAUAAAGGCACGAGAUGAAGCUGUAA